CCAAAAAAACUACAACUCACUCAAAUCAGAAACUUUUAAUCUGCAUUAAAAAAUUAAAAUUAUAUCUUCAGAUUAGAUUCAAUCUCUAAGGAUCCCCCAUCAAUGGCUUCUCGUAGACGCAUGCUCCUCAAGGUCAUAAUUCUCGGCGACAGCGGGGUGGGAAAGACGUCGUUGAUGAAUCAGUAUGUGAAUCGGAAGUUUAGCAAUCAGUAUAAAGCUACAAUAGGAGCUGAUUUUUUGACAAAGGAAGUUCAGUUUGAGGAUAGAUUGUUCACAUUGCAGAUAUGGGAUACUGCUGGACAAGAAAGGUUUCAAAGCCUAGGAGUGGCUUUCUACCGUGGUGCAGACUGCUGCGUUCUUGUGUAUGAUGUGAAUGUCAUGAAGUCAUUUGAUAAUCUUAAUAACUGGAGAGAGGAGUUUCUGAUUCAGGCUAGUCCAUCGGAUCCUGAAAACUUCCCAUUUGUUGUGUUGGGGAACAAAAUAGAUGUUGAUGGUGGCAAUAGUCGGGUGGUUUCCGAGAAGAAGGCGAAGGCAUGGUGUGCUUCUAAGGGGAACAUACCUUACUUUGAGACCUCUGCAAAAGAAGGAUUUAACGUGGACGAUGCUUUCCAAUGUAUAGCCAAGAAUGCACUCAAGAAUGAACCUGAAGAAGAAAUAUACCUCCCUGACACAAUUGACGUUGGCGGAGGGCGGCAACAAAGAUCUACAGGAUGCGAAUGCUAGAACUUCUUCGAUUAUGAAUUCAAUCAUCGAUUCGUAUAAUUUUCAUUCAAUUGUAAGUGGGAGUAAUAAUAGGCAAAAGGCGAUAUGAAGAUUUUAACGAUGUAAAUUAUGCAACCGUGGCAGCUCGGUUCCAUUUUCAUUUCGUUGUUCAUUUACUAUUCGAGAUUUUUAUGUUUAUAUUCAAUCUUGUAUUUGGUGAUUCACUUUAGAUACAUGUAUUAAUGAUUCUGAUGUUUA